UGUGGCGCCUCAUUCAUAAAUGCCGCGACGAUUCUUGCUGUGCUUUGAGUGGACUGAGAGGCCGGGGGACGGCGGAGCGUUCUUCAGUCACAGUAGCUACUUUCAAGUGCUAAAUAGCCAUAUGUGACUAGUGGCUACCAUAAUGGACAGCAAGUUCUAGGUUUUGGAAAUUAAUAGCUCUUCUAACUUUUACAUUAUUUAAAUAUAAUAUUAUCAUUGGACUAAAAUGUUCCUGAUGCCAACCUCUUCCGAGUUAAACAGUGGACAGAGCUUCUUAACCCAGUGGAUGACCAAUCCUUCUCGGGCUGGGGUCAUAUUAAAUCGUGGAUUUCCUAUUUUGGAAGCAGAUGAAGAGAAGCGAGGAAAUGUGAACAUUUCUACCAGCUUUCCUGUUAAAGCCACACAUUUUUCAAAUAGCUUCAGCUUUAUAAGUGAAGAAGAUUCACUUCAUGAAGAACAGAAGUUGGAGUCUAAUAGCCCUUAUAAACUACAAUCAGAUAAAUCUGAAACACAUGCAGUGUUUCCUUUAACUAAAGAAGGACCACAAAUAGUGGCAUGUCAAGAUGCUCCAGGACACCGGGAAGACAACAAAAAUGACUUUAUCUCAGAUCUUUCCGGUGAAUGCAAAGAAGUGGCUUAUAAAGACCCACUCUUUAAAAAGCUUGAACAGCUGAAAGAAGUACAACAGAAGAAGCAGGAAGAACUGAAGAGGCAGCAGUUAGAGCAACUACAAAGACUCAUGGAAGAACAAGAGAAGCUGCUUACGAUGGUGUCUGGGCAACACACACUCCCAGGUUCAACCCUACUGCCUGAUGAUCAGAGCCAGAAGUACAGAUCUCCCGGAAAUUCAACCACCAUGGAGAAAACCACACCCUUCUCACCAGCGUAUAUCUACCAGAAUCAAACCCAAGAAAAAACGCACACUUCCAGCAUUUUAGCUGAUGAACAAAACAACUUCUGUAGAACUGCUCACCCAGAUUUUGUCUUAACUUCAAAAAGUGGUGCUUCUCUCAAUUUGUUUUGUGAGGCACAGUAUCAAGAAGCACUUGUGAAAAAAAAUGAUUUGAAGGAAGAAAACCAUAACCAUUCUUUAGGAGAAGGUAUUUUACCAUGUUGGGAAAAAGUGACCGAACCGAUUGAGGAAGGGAAUGAUGUGAAUGUAAAAAAAAUUGGUGAUUCUUCAGAAGUGGCUAAUAUUGAAGAAAGACCUAUUAAAGCUGCUAUCAGAGAAAGGAAACAGACAUUUGAAGACUACUUAGAAGAACAAAUUCGGCUGGAAGAACAAGAACUGAAACGAAAACAACUAAGGGAAGCAGAAGGAUCGUUCCUAAUCAAAGCAAAACCAAAACAACCAUUCUUGAAACGAGGAGAAGGUUUAGCUAGAUUUACUAAUGCUAAAUCUAAGUCUCAGAAAGGGAGACAAAGUAAACUAGUGACUAAUCAGAGCAUUUUAGAGGACCAACCUGUGUUUAAAAUGGAUAGACAACAAUUCCAGCGGAAAACUGCUCUUAUAAAUAAAGAACUGUGUACAGAUAACCCUCCUGUUAAAAAGAACAGUAAAGGUAGAGCCAAGAGUGGUUUUGUCACACUCAGUCAGAAGCCGAAAGUGCUUAAGAGUAGUAACAGGAAAAGUCUUCCUCCAUCAGGAUUGAAAAUACCUGGAGGGAAGAAAUGUGAUGGGCAAUUUAGAGAACAGAUCAAAUUAAAAAAAAAAGUUGAGUCUAAUAAUAGAGAUAAUGUACCUGAGUGUGCAAAACCUUGUGAUACUGGUUGCAAAGUCUGGAAUAAGACACAGGGUAAAGAUAGACUUCCUCUUUCGGCAGGACUGGUCAGCUGCAUGUCUUCGAAUAGCCCAAAAAAUGAGACCUUGAAAAAGUCAGAAUCUUCUCUUGACAUUUCUCUUCAGAAAAAGUUAGAGACUUGGGAACGAGAAAAGGAAAAGGAAAAUUUGGAGUUAGAUGAAUUUUUGUUUUUGGAACGAGCUGCUGAUGAAAUAUCAUUUUCCAGUAAUUCCUCAUUUGUACUGAAGAUCUUAGAGAGGGACCAGCAGAUCUGCAAAGGUCACCGGCUGUCUUCCACCCCUGUCAAAGCUGUGCAGCCGGAGAUGGUGACCCUGGAUCCUGUUAUCCAGUCUAACCACAGUGAGGCUCCAGACUGUACUGAACCUGAACAUGAGGGUGAGUGUGAGGUCACACCCAACCAACCUGAUUCAGUCUCCUCGCCUGAAGGAUAUAGGGAACAGUUGUGUAAAGUCAGUAGGAAAGCGUUCCCAAUGAGCACUUCUGAAAAUCAGACUCGGUGGAAUGUAAGUGAUGAGGAAGGUGUCACAGACAGUGACAGUAGCACUGACUCUGAGGAGCAACUUGAUGUUACCAUAAAACCAUCAACUGAGGAUAAAGAGAGGGGUUUCAGCAGCAGAGAGGACAGUCCACAAGUCUGUGAUGGUAAGGGGCCUUUUACGGACACUGGGACUCAAGAAGAAGAUAAAAGGAGAGAUGUUGAUUUAGAUCUGUCUGAUAAAGAUUACAGUAGCGAUGAGUCUGUCAUUAUAGAAAGCUUGAAAAACAAAGUUUCUGAGUCCUCAAGAAGACCCUCAUCCGUAAGCAUGAGUAAAAUUGACUUUGAUGAUGAAAGAACUUGGACUGACCUUGAAGAGAAUUCAUUUAAACAUGAUGCUGUUCUUGGGAAUGAGGCCUUUUAUGGGACUCCUCAAACAGCCUACCCUAAGAGUGAAAUAUGUGUAUUGGACAAAACGAUCAAGAGGAAGGUUGCACCAGUUAAGAAGGGAGAAGACUUGAGCAAACCCGGUAGGAGCACAAGCCCUCCUCCUACAUCGGAUCUCAUGAUGAAAUUCUUUCCUGCUUUGAAACUGAAACCAAAACCAGAUUCACACUUGGAAAAUGAACCCAAGUUAAACCCAAGUCAAGACCAACCACUUGGUGACAGUGCUCGAUCUCAGGUUUUGAGAGAGAAAGUUAUUGAAUUGGAAACAGAAAUAGAAAAAUUUAAAGCUGAGAACACAUCUUUAACUAAACUUCGCAUUGAACGGAAAAAUGCCUUGGAAAAACUUAGGAAAGAAAUUACAGACUUUGAACAACAGAAAGCAAAAGAAUUGGCUCGAAUAGAAGAGUUUAAAAAGGAGGAAAUGAGGAAGCUACAAAAGGAACGCAAAGUUUUUGAAAAGUAUACUGCAGUUGCAAGAACUUUUCCAGAUAAAAAAGAACGUGAAGAAAUACAGGCUUUGAAACAGCAGAUAGCAGAUUUACAGGAAGAUUUGAAAAGAAAGGAAGCAAAAUGGUCAAGUACACAUGGCCGUCUUAGAAGCCAGAUAGAAAUGUUGGUCAGAGAGAACACAGACCUCAGGGAAGAAAUAAAAGUGAUGGAAAGAUUCCGACUAGAUGCCUGGAAGAAAGCAGAAGCUACUGAGAACAGCCUCAGGACAGGUCCCUGUGUGCCUGCCGCAAAAAAAGAUGGGCCCGUGAAUUCAUCAUUUCGAUUACCAAAGAGUCAAAUUUCUUCAGGAACCCAGGUAGAAAAAUACAAGAAAAAUCAUUUGCCGGCACAAGGUAAUCCAUCUCGAAGAUCCAAGCCUGUGCCUCCUCGUGAUUUAGGCAGUUCGGAUAAGGGACAAACUGCCUCACCCAGGGAGGCCCCUGAACCAGUGGACUUCCCAGAUCCUGAGUGUAAAAAGGACGACAAAAAGGAGGAAAAAGAAGAAAUUCAGGGAGAAAUCAGUCAUCCUGAUGGAAAGAUAGAAAAGGUUUAUAAGAAUGGGUGCCAUGUUAUAUUGUUUCCAAAUGGAACUCGGAAAGAAGUGAGUGCAGAUGGGAAGAUUGUCACCAUCACUUUCUUUAAUGGUGAUGUGAAGCAGGUCAUGCCAGAUGAGAGAGUGAUCUACUACUAUGCAUCUGCCCAGACUACUCACACUACUUAUCCAGAAGGAUUAGAAAUCUUACAUUUCUCAAGUGGACAAAUAGAGAAACAUUUCCCAGAUGGGAGAAAAGAAAUCACAUUUCCUGACCAGACAAUCAAAAACCUAUUUCCUGAUGGACAAGAAGAAAGCAUUUUUCCAGAUGGUACAAUUGUAAGAGUACAAAGAGAUGGCAACAAAAUCAUAGAGUUUAAUAAUGGCCAAAGAGAACUACACACUGCCCAGUUCAAGAGACGGGAAUAUCCAGAUGGCACUGUUAAAACUGUAUAUACAAAUGGUCAUCAAGAAACAAAAUAUACAUCCGGUCGAAUAAGGGUUAAAGACAAGGAUGGUAAUGUUCUAAUGGAUACAAAAUUGUAAUGAUCCUGUGCAUGACUAAUCAUGAAAUAACACUAACUUGAUUUUCUUGUUAAAAAAUGUACAUUUCUUGUGGUUUCUGUGGUUUAAUUUAUACAUACUGUGUGUGUUGUGUAUAUAUAUAAAUGGAAAAGAUUGUUUGGAUUGUAAAAUAAAAUGCCAUAGCUUUUUAUAUUCUUUGAAAUGUACAAGAACAGCUUUCAUUUUUAGUUCACCUUUCUACAGUUAAAUGCAUGACUAAGGAAAGCAUUGUUUGUUAUAAACUGUAUAGACUGCAAAAAUAAUGAGGCACUUUUAUUGAAGAUGGUUAUAAAAAGUACAAGAAAUACAAUAGCACAGAUUUGCCACGAGCACGUCAGCCAUUAAACAAGAACUUGCACAGAAAGUUUACUUGAAGUAAGAGAAUGUCUCCAGUCAAAAUAUACUGUGUUCAGUCAGUACUAAGAUUAAAGCAUUUUAUCUACGAAAGAGGUUCUUUAAUUGUAAUAGAAUGGGAAGUUAGAACUGAAUGAAUACAGAUAGGUCAAACACCAAAAUAGGUAGAAGAAUUCAUUCUGUGAGUACAGAUAAUCAUAGUGAGGAGAAAACAUUUUUUGUGAUGGUAUAUAGUAACUGGUUAAAAUGGGAGACUUGAGAAUGGAAGGGGUGGGAAAAAUAACUAGAGCUGGUAUUAAAUGAUCAACUACAGGUACCUUGACGUUAUAACCUAUAAAACUGUAGGCUGACAGAAGCAAGAUGUCCUUGAAGGAAGGGCAAGUCAUCUACAUAUCAAUUUACAUAAUAAUUACAUAAGUAUAGUCACAUAAGUGCAAUAUACAGUAAUAUUGGCAAUGAUUCCCAUUUUUAAAAACAGCUAAAUGUAUCAAUUCUAGGUGAUUUAAGAACUGAAUAUGAAAGAAGUUGCAAACUUCUCAAAUUAGGAGUUAUAUAUAUUA